AUGUCGACUCUGGAACCUGCCGAGGGUUCUACUGCCGCGAUCCUCAGUCUCACCAAAAAGUUCCGACAGCUUGGUCGACUUCCCUCGAGUUGGGUUAAAGCAGGGGAUGAUCGGAAUGCCCCAGAAGAAUCCUACCUUUGCGAUAUAUGUCAGCGUCUUGAUUUGAGAGUGGAAUCGUUCUGCGUCCAACCCGGAGACAAUGAGUACGAAAGACAACAUAAAUUCCGAUAUUUGGGUAGAUUGUCCCAAAUUCGGAGGCGAACACACUGUCCGUUUUGUCGGCUCGUCCUCGAGAUUGCAGACCGACCUCCUGACCAACGUACCCCCAGUUUGAUUACCGAUGACGAUCCGGUCUGUUAUGCCCGAUGGGUGGUGGAUGGACAAGAAGACCUGGGACCCGACCCCGACAAACCCGGCGAACACAAGUUUAAACCAAAAACACGACGGCUGCUAAUAUAUAGCGAUCCUCAAGCAUUCAAAGACGGAUACAUAGUUCUGCUGGCGGACGACGCCCCUAGCCGUGAAUUCUUCGGCCGCAGAGUCACGUAUCCUGAUCUCCUCGAUUCCCGAAUCCUUCGUCAGUGGCUUCACGAUUGCGAGACCACACACGGGGAGGAAUGCGAAGAAUCAUUGGUCCAUCCAGACUUGCUUGGACAACCGAGAGAUGUCUUUCGGGCAAUUGACGUGAACAAUAUGUGCAUUGUCGAGACGGCCCAGAGCUCGCGAUAUGUUGCGUUGAGCUAUCUUUGGGGGAAAAACUUCAACCAGCUCUUCACCACCUCCAAGAAUCUCCCCAAGCUGUCACAGCCAGGGCAGCUCGAGAAAGAAAAACUUCCGAGGACGAUCAAAGAUGCCAUCAAGCUGACGAAAAUGCUAGGGGAGAGAUACUUGUGGACAGACAGCUUGGCACUCCUACACGACGACGGCUUUCAAUACCACGAUGACUGGGUUUAUGCUCGUGCUGCUCUGACGGUGGUGGCCGGCUCGGGCAAGGACGCCAAUGCGGGUUUACCUGGAGUGAGAAAAGAAUCGCGAAUGUUCCACCAAGAGAUCGAAGAAGUCAAGCCUGGUCUACGGCUGAUGGUAUCACAUCUCGCCGAAGACUAUAUCUCGACCUCACAAUGGGAUUCCCGUGCUUGGACGUUUCAAGAAAGAAUGCUCUCGCGGCGGUGCCUCCUUUUUGUCAAUGGGCGAAUAUACUACCAAUGUCGACGGACGACUUUCAGCGAGGACAUGGAGAUGCCACGACAUAACGGCUGGUCAUUAGACUCGAUCGACAUGCCGACAAGAAUCUUCCGAGAAAAGCCAUUUGUUCAAUUCACGUCAGCGGUGGAGUUAUACACACGCCGAGAAUUAACCAACCCUACAGACAUCCUCAAUGCGUUUGAAGGGGUGCAACUGGUGUUGGAAAAGAGAAUUGGAUCCAAGAUCUACUAUGGGGCAAUGGAAACGAUGCUCGAUUCGUCAUUGAUCUGGGAAUCCACCAAACGCCUCAUCCGGAGACCAGGUUUUCCCAGCUGGUCUUGGUCCGGCUGGUUUGGAGAGAUUCAAUGGAAAUAUACCGAAACUGCCCGAUCAUGGAUUGAAUGGCACGCUGACUCGGAUGGUGGAAUACAUUCAUUUCCAAAACAGAAUUAUGAGCGAGUCACACCCCCCUUGGAACGACCGGACUAUCCGGGACCGAUGUCCAGCCACAACCAGAGCACCAAGUUUCCUCUGUUGCACUUCCGGACGAUAGCGGCGUUAUUCCCACUCACCUCUCCCGCAUUGAUUCACAAAUCGGUUAUUUCACCUUUAAGAAAAAGGCUCACAGGUCCGAGCGCCUUGUCGACGGUGAGACCGGCUCCGGCGGACCCAGGUCUGAUUCGAGCAGGCAUAGCGGAUCGAAAUGGAUUAUGGUGUGGCACAAUUGACCUCGAUGUUUCUUGGAUGCCACGGGUUGGCACUCCCCUGGAGUUUCUGGUCUUGUCUAGAGUCAGUCGGUUUACCGAGGAUGAACUGGCCAUCUGGGAAGGAUCACUGCCAGAUGGUGUGGAGGAAACUUUGUCACGACGGGAUUAUGGCGUUUAUAAUGUUAUGCUGGUUUCACAACAGGGUGGCAUAUACUACCGGGAGGGUUUGGGACGCAUAUUGACGGAGGCAUUGGAUAGGGCCCUUGAGCCAGGGCUGGUCUGGAAGGAUAUAGUGCUGGGUUGA